AGAAUGUAAAUUGACGUAAUGGCGUCGAAAUGUGGCGAAGAAGAAGAGGAAAGCAGAGUCGAUAAACUGUGCUCGAAGAGCAGAAAGUGCAGUAAAAGCAAUUAUCACUCUGGCAGGUGCGAUUCGAAGAGAGCGGUUGUGAGCCCAUUUUGGAACCGUUCUCCGAUACAGGUGGGAAAUGCGAUCAAGAGGGAGGCUAGAGAUGCUGCUGAAGCUAUCACAAAUGAUUGUGAUCGGAAGAAAAUUCGUGUAGAGGAAAGGGAGGCUAGUGUUAAUGCGAGAGAAUCUGAACUAGUAGAGAAGGAGAGAAAGAUACAUGAAGUAGAAGAGCGAGCUAAUGCAACAAGACUUGAAUCAGAUGCUGUUAACUUAACGGUUUGGACAAUCGGCUAUGCCAUACCCUACCAUGCAGAACUGCUCUACAGACAACAGAAGGUUGGUUAUGGUAUUAUUUCUUUGCAGGCAAAGGAAUCAAAGCAUUCAGGUGUGAAGCAGGACCUAAAUUUAACCAAUAGGUCUCGCUCAACAAGCAAUGUAGGUAAGUGGUGGCAGCUAAUGCGCACUAAUUAUGUCAGGGCAUUUUAUUUGCCUGAACAUCAGCCUGUGCCGUCUACCUACAUAUCCCACUUCGAGUCUCGACUUCCACCUCACUGCAAGGAUACCCUUAACUUCUGUUAGUGUGGACGAUCACGAGAUGUAGCUUCCCUUUGUUCAUUUUGUGAGGAGUCUAAAGAUAUUGUAAGGUGUGCCCAAGAAAUGAAGUUAGAUGAAAACCUUAUAGCUAUCUUUAAGCCAAUCAGGUGAGAAACAUGUGAAAUGAGAUUCCCAGAUGUGGUCCUCCUUGAGUCUCAUCAAAAGGUUGCACACUCAUCAAGAGAACAACUGGCUAGGCCAUCUAGUAAGAUUAACCCUCAAAUGAUGAAUGUCAAGGAACUGAAAGAAGAACUACGUGUAAGAGGAGCAUCGUUAACUGGGGAUAAAGCUCAUCUUAUUAGAAGAUUGGAAGGGCUUCUUGCAGCAGAAGUUAGUUAGACAUUCAUCAUUCCAUAAAUGUCCCUUUUUAUU